CAGAGCACAAGGGACUCAGGAGAUGAAGGGCAGAGGGAACCGAUAGAUGCCUUGGAAAUAUUCGAGCAUCUACGAGAUGUUACAGAUCCUGAGCAUCCUUACAGUCUGGAGCAGCUGAAUGUCGUGAGCGAGGACCUGAUCACGGUGGAGGAUUCUGCAGGCCGUGUUAGGCAAGACACAGAUAUGCACCUGGUGCAAUUCACUCCCACAGUGCAGCAUUGCAGCAUGGCAACCCUCAUCGGCCUGUCACUGAGGGUCAAACUCAUGCAGACGCUGCCAUCCAGAUUCAAGGUGGACAUUUUUGUAACACCAGGCACGCAUUCCACAGAAGCAGCAGUGAACAAGCAGCUGAACGACAAGGAGCGAGUUGCAGCAGCCUUGGAGAACCCAAAUCUGGUGGACAUGGUCAACCAUUGUCUUGCGAGCAGCCACCGUUGA